UCAAGGUUUAUCAAGUCUUACAUAUUCGGUGAAGGUGGACACACUUUAAAUGGUGCAUAGCCCAUUUAGUGAAUCGACCAAAUGACAAGCGCAGACGCGGUGUCGGAGAUUUUCGCAUUGUACGAGGGGGUGGGACACACCGGCUACCUUGGAGAGGCGGUGUCCAAGACCCAACACUCCAUACAGUGCGGCAUGCAGGCGGAGGCGGACGGAGCACCGGAAGAGACGGUGUUAGCCGCGUUCCUUCACGACAUCGGGCACCUGCUCGGUGCGCGCGACAAUCUACCGGAAAUGAUCACUGAUGACGUCAAUAUUGGAACAAGUGACCAUGACGUCAUUGGCGGUGAUUAUCUCCGACGGAAGGGAUUUCCAGCGAUCGUGUGUGACAUUGUAGCCGGACACGUACAGGCCAAACGAUACCUCGUCUUGAAGGAAAACGGUUACUAUGAAAAUUUAUCAGACGCAAGCAAGAAAACUUUAGUUCAUCAGGGCGGGAAAAUGUCGGUUGCUGAAGCAGAAGCGUUUGAGUCGUCUGCUGCGUUUGAUGACAUCAUCAGGAUGCGUCGCUGGGACGAGAUGGCGAAGGACCCACUGUGUGAACAAGCGCCCCUGGACAAAUUCAAGCGUCUGUGUGAAAAGGUCCUAAUUGGGAAUUAGGUGUAGAUGAUACACGAUACAUUUGAGUUUUCAAGUUAAAUACGGAUGUGACUUGAAUUGUUCAAUGGAUUUGUCCCCUCUCUCAUAGCGUUUGAUCAUAUCUGUUCUGAAUGGCGCAAUUGAUAUUGAAAUAUCCUUACCAUUCUACAUGUAGUUGAAAGAGAGCAUACGUGUAGAUAGGGUCCUUACCAGCACUGGGGUUUCCGUCAUGUAUGAUAUGAUUGUAUUUUCAUCGGCAUAUUGCUUCAUCUCAUCAUUAGCUACGGACAAUAAAAUAACACAUGCGAUACUCA